AAUAAUACUUUACAGGCUGAAUCACAAAGGCGCACAACAGUCUUCAGUCGCCGCGGUAGAUGUGCGACUCCAAACGGGGGCACAGUGACUGCGACCAAGAAGGGGCAAGAAAACACACACACACUGAGGGGGAAUGCCAGCCAAAAGCAUGAACUCCGAUUUGGAGUUUGACUCUUUGCAGCCGUGUUUCUACCCGGACGAGGAUGACUUUUACUUCUGCAGACCAGACGCCGCGCCGCCCGGUGAGGACAUCUGGAAGAAAUUCGAGUUGUUGCCCACUCCUCCUCUCUCCCCGAGCCGGGCAGCGCUACCGGGGGAGCCGGGGGAUCUGGGUGCGAUGGCUGGGGAUUGCUCGUUGAUGGAGUUUGGAUUAACUGACCCCUUGGACUGGGCUUCCGAACUACUGCUCUUACCGGAGGACGACAUUUGGGGGGCGUCAGACGGAGACCUCUUCGGCUCCGUUUUGGAUGCUACGGACAAUUCCAUCAUCAUUCAGGACUGCAUGUGGAGUGGCUUCUCCGCACGGGAGAAACUGGAGCGGGUGGUGAAUGAGAAACUCGGGAAAGCCGUCUCUGUUCCUGCUGAAGUCAGUAAAGUCGCCAUAGUCAAGGCGCCGGAGGAGAGCCACUCUAUACCGGAGUGUGUGGACCCUACUGUGGUUUUCCCUUAUCCCGUCAACAAAAGAAACGGGAGCAUCAGCAGCCAAAGUGUGCCACAACUGAGGACGCAGGACUUGGAGUCAGUCAGUGCGGAUGAGGCUCCGAGCGACUCUGAUGAUGAUGAAGAUGAUGAUGAUGUUGAUGAUGCUGAUGACGAUGAAGAUGAGGAUGACGACGACGACGAAGAUGAAGAGGAGAUUGAUGUUGUCACAGUGGAGAAAAGGCGUUCAAACACCAGCAGGAUAAGCAACACUGGCCUGUCCGUUUCUAACUCUCAGGUGUCCGCAGGAGGGCGAUCCGGCACAGGGGUGAGCAAAGCUCCACAGGAGUUAAUUUUGAAGAGGACAGCGGCGGCCUCCAUCCACCAGCAACAGCACAACUACGCAGCCCCGUCCCCUGACCCGCAAGACGUACCUAUCGCUCCCCCUAGCAAGAAACUCAGAAUCGACAACAGCACUAACAAUCUACGCACUGGCAGAAACCAAAACUCUUCCCCAAACUCCCCCACUACCGCAGCGCCAGGUCAUCGGAUCAGAAAGAGCGACACCAGCAGCCCACGAGGCUCGGAUUCGGAGGACAGCGAACGACGGCGCAACCACAACAUCCUGGAACGCCAGCGUCGGAACGACCUGCGCUCAAGCUUCCUCACUUUGCGUGACCAGGUGCCCGAGCUGGCUCACAACGACAAGGCGGCUAAGGUAGUCAUCCUGAAAAAGGCCACGGAGUACGUCUGCUCCCUGGAGGCACAGGAGCGGAAACUCCAGCAGGAGAAAGACAAAUUGCAGGCCCGACGACAACAGCUCCUUCGCAGGCUUGAUCACACCAGGACGCGCUAACGGCUCAUAGCUAACGGUCGAAUGGCUAACCCCUCUGGCUAAGCGCCUGGCGUAAAUUCAAGGGACACUCACUGCUGACACUUUUUUUGCACAUUUUUUGACGUCAAGAAUGUUUCAGGUUUACUUUGUCACCCCAAUCGCACGAUAAAGAAACAUUGAGGGAAGGGAGCGAAUGUGAUGAAAAUUUUACUUUAUUCUACAUAUUCCCCUCAAUAAUGAGAAAACACGACAGGUAUCUUUAUAAACAGAGCUAUUCUUUAAUAUACAAAUAUAUGGUUGAUGGACUUUGCAUUUACUCUCUUCCUUCAAAACAGACAAUAAUGACUGACAGAGUCUUUUUUUUCAAAUGGCUAUAAUCUUUCACACCACCCUCACUGGUGCUGAAUCUCAUGGAUGUACCUCUACGCACCUUGAUGUCGGACACUUUUGUAAAUAGACUUGAUAAAGAAACAUACACUCAGUUUGCCUUGUUUUUGUAUACGAUGUUGUCUUUCGAUUUUUAUAAAGAUGACAAAAGCUGCCAAUAACUAGACUGGAAGUUUAUAUACUGUACCUUUAACAAGUACUGUAAGACCUCAAUUUUUGAGGAUUUUUGUAAUAUAAAAGGACACAUUGUUUUGUUUCUUCGGUAUUAUAAUCUCUUUGUUAUGACAUGCUUUACUAAUUCCUACAUAUAUGCUUUAGUGUGCUUCUGAUACAUACUAAAUCUGAUACUUAUAUUUUCGUAUGAAAAUGAGUUCCGAGUAGAUAUCACUUUAUCUUGUUUUUAUCUCUUUCUUACCUUCAUUUCUUUUGUACAGAAAAUUCCUUUUCUAUCUCCAUUUAUAAGACGUUUAUUCUUUGCUGUCUUUCUCUUUCUUUGUUUAUAUAUUUGUAAGUAUUGGGUUCAUAGAACUGGGUCAAUCACUAAAAAUUGUUUUUUCUCCUUUUCUAUAAUGUACAUUUUAGUGCUGCAACUCACAGCACUUUGA